CAGGAAUCUCGUUUUCUUGGCUCCCUUUCUGCGUCUUGCGAUAAAUUUUGGCACAUCAAUUAAAGGCCUAUUGAUCCUUAAGAUCUUCCUUCUCUGAAGCGUCACUGACGAGCUUUCCGCUCAGCGAAAACAAGAGGAACCCCAUAGACGCUAUGCCCGCCAUGCGCGUCGCACUCCUCAUCGCCGCCAUCGCGGCUGCCGCCACCGCCUCGCCGUUCCCAUGGGCCGACGCAGCAGCAGCCACCAGCGUCGCGAGCAUGCCCGUCCCCAGCAACGGAACGAGCCCCACUCGAACGGGUCACCACAACCCGCACAAGGAGCCAACGCCGACGUUCAAGACCGGCUGCAACUGCCAAAAGCCCAUCAUGCCGAUUGAUAUGCUGACAGAGGACGAGAAAUGCCAAUUCGAGUUCUAUAUCAACAUGUCGUGCUACAUGAAGGCACAAGGGGGAUGCCCGUCGCCGACGCUCUCGUGUUAAACACACUCUGUUCGAUUGUAGUGGUAUAAGAGGAGAUGGAUGGAUACGGAUGUGAGAUGGAAAUGGGAGAGAAGGAGAAAGAGUGGGCCUACAUGUCGAAGAUUUCUUUCGCCGUACAUAUUUGGGUAUUUGUCUG